AUUAAAUACCAGCCCCCCUGGUAGCCCCCCCCAGUUGCUGUGAUGAGUUGCUGGGAUGCUGUGGCCCGGGCUCGGCCCUUGCUGGACAUGUCCGGAGAGGAGGGGAUGUUGGGCCCCUGGAGCCGCGAGCACCGUCCUGGCUGGGGGCCCCCGGGGGCCCUGGUGAAGCCCGCCAUGCGGUUUGAGGCGUGCAGGCGGCGCAGUUUCUGCGGCUGGCCCCCGGGGGCCGUGUGUCCGUGGGAGCUGGCCCGGGCCGGGUUUUACUAUCUGGGCCCCGGGGACCGGGUGCAGUGUUUCUGCUGCGGCCUGGUGCUGCGGAGCUGGGAGCCCGGGGACCGACCCUCCGCGGAGCACGGCCGCUUCUCCCCCCGCUGCCCCUUCCUGCUGGGCCGGCCGGUGGGCAACGUGCUGGCCGAGCCCGGGGACUCGGUGGACGGACAGAUCCUGCGGCUCCCAGGGGCCCCGGAGGAAGAGGGGGGCCAGGCCGUGUACCCCGAUAUGAUGGAGGAGAGGGACCGGCUGGACACCUACCAGGACUGGCCCCCCUAUGCCGAGGUGGCCCCCCACCUGCUGGCCCGGGCUGGCUUCUUCUACACAGGUACUGGGCCCAGGAGCUUGCAAUCUACUGCAGCCUCAUGUAGUCUCUUAUUGUAGCAGAUCAAUGACAAGCUAGCUCUUGUGUCUGUAACGUUAAAUUGAUAUCCCAAUCUUAAAGAACCUAUUAACCCAUAGCAGUUAUGUCUGACUGGGAGUGGGGCGUGCUGGUUACGGGGCCCUGGGGUGUGGGUUACGUGCUGGUUACGGGGCCCGGGGAGUGGGGCGUGCUGGUUUACGGGGCCCUGGGAGUGGGGCGUGCUGGUUACGGGGCCCGGGGAGUGGGGCGUGCUGGUUACGGGGCCCGGGGAGUGGGGCGUGCUGGUUACAGGGCCCGGGGAAUGGUGGGAGCAGAUUUUGGGGUUGGUUUUAGGGCCUGUAGGUUACGGGGCCCUGGAAGUGGUGGGAGCAGAUUGUGGGGCGUGUUGGUUAUGGGGUGGGAGCAGAUGGUGGGGUUUGAUGGUUGUAAGGCGUGUUGGUUAUGGGGCGCUGGGAGUGGGGUGUGCUGGUUACUGGGCCCUGGGAGUGUUGGUAGUAGCAAGUAGAUUGUGGGGCGUGCUGGUUACGGGGCCCUGGGAGUGGUGGGAGCAGAUUGUGGGGUUUGAUGGCUAAGGCGUGCUGGUUACGGGGCCCUGGGAGUGGGGCGUGCUGGUUACGGGGCCCUGGGAGUGUUGGUGGUAGUAGCAAGAGUAGAUUGUGGGGCGUGCUGGUUACGGGGCCCCUGGAGUGGUGGGAGCAGAUUUUGGGGUUGGUUUUAGGGCCUGUAGGUUACGGGGCCCUGGAAGUGGUGGGAGCAGAUGGUGGGGUUUGAUGGUUGUAAGGCGUGUUGGUUAUGGGGCGCUGGGAGUGGGGUGUGCUGGUUACUGGGCCCUGGGAGUGUUGGUAGUAGCAAGUAGAUUGUGGGGCGUGCUGGUUACGGGGCCCUGGGAGUGGUGGGAGCAGAUUGUGGGGUUUGAUGGCUAAGGCGUGCUGGUUACGGGGCCCUGGGAGUGGGGCGUGCUGGUUACGGGGCCCUGGGAGUGUUGGUGGUAGUAGCAAGAGUAGAUUGUGGGGCGUGCUGGUUACGGGGCCCCUGGAGUGGUGGGAGCAGAUUUUGGGGUUGGUUUUAGGGCCUGUAGGUUACGGGGCCCUGGAAGUGGUGGGAGCAGGUUGUGGGGUUUUUGGUUGUAGGACAUGUAGGUUACAGGGCCCUGGGACUGGUGGGAGCAGAUUGUGGGGCAUGUUGGUUAUGGGGAGGUGGGAGCAGAUUGUGGGGUUUGAUGGUUGUAAGGCGUGUUGGUUAUGGGCGUGGGGCGUGCUGGUUACGGGGCCCCUGGAGUGGUGGGAGCAGAUUUUGGGGUUGGUUUUAGGGCCUGUAGGUUACGGGGCCCUGGAAGUGGUGGGAGCAGGUUGUGGGGUUUUUGGUUGUAGGACAUGUAGGUUACAGGGCCCUGGGACUGGUGGGAGCAGAUUGUGGGGCAUGUUGGUUAUGGGGAGGUGGGAGCAGAUUGUGGGGUUUGAUGGUUGUAAGGCGUGUUGGUUAUGGGCGUGGGGCGUGCUGGUUACGGGGCCCCUGGAGUGGUGGGAGCAGAUUUUGGGGUUGGUUUUAGGGCCUGUAGGUUACGGGGCCCUGGAAGUGGUGGGAGCAGGUUGUGGGGUUUUUGGUUGUAGGACAUGUAGGUUACAGGGCCCUGGGACUGGUGGGAGCAGAUUGUGGGGCAUGUUGGUUAUGGGGAGGUGGGAGCAGAUUGUGGGGUUUGAUGGUUGUAAGGCGUGUUGGUUAUGGGCGUGGGGCGUGCUGGUUACGGGGCUCUGGGAGUGUUGGUAGUAGCAAGUAGAUUGUGGGGCGUGCUGGUUACGGGGCCCUGGGAGUGUUGGUAGUAGCAAGUAGAUUGUGGGGCGUGCUGGUUACGGGGCCCUGGGAGUGGGGGGAGCAGAUUGUGGGGUUUGAUGGUUGUAAUGCGUGCUGGUUACAGGGCCCUGGGAGUGGGGCGUGCUGGUUACGGGGCUCUGGGAGUGUUGGUAGUAGCAAGUAGAUUGUGGGGCGUGCUGGUUACGAGGCCCUGGGAGUGUUGGUAGUAGCAAGUAGAUUGUGGGGCGUGCUGGUUACGGGGCCCUGGGAGUGUCUGUGGUAGCAAGUAGAUUGUGGGGCCUGCUGGUUACAGGGCCUUGGGAGUGGUGGGAGCAGAUUUUGGGGUUGGUUUUAGGGCCUGUAGGUUACGGGGCCUUUGGAGUGUGGCGUUUAGGUUACGGGGCCCUGGAAGUGGUGGGAGCAGGUUGUGGGGUUUGAUGGUUGUAAGGCGUGUUGGUUACAGGGCCCUGGGAGUGGUGGGAGCAGAUUGUGGGGCUGGGUGUGGUGGGGCGCUGGGUGUGUGUUGCAGGUUAGAAAGUGAUUUAUCACUAAACUUUGAAUUGCAACAAAUCCAAAUGAAGAAUUUUCGUGUCAAUGCUGGUCACAGCUCAGCCAUUGUUGUCUACAUUUUGCCAUGUAAAUGUAACGAAUAUCUGCCCGCCGCCCCCCCAUGUGAAUUGUGCACAUUUCCAAAGUUAUUUUAGGGCAAAAUGGACGAAUUGGGUGAAGAAAAAUCUGUGUAACCUGUCGUUCCACAAUAUUGGCCUAAAAUUGGAGAUUCCCAUUAAAUUCUAGCAAUUCCAAGCUAGUGCCCUGUAUAAAGGGGGCAUUCUAGCUAAAGCUGUCAAUGGCACAAGGUUCACACAGUCUAUUGUUACACAUCUAGAAACAGUAUUCUGCUGCCACUGCAACAUGAGUCAUCAGCCAAUCACAGGACUCUCCUGGUGUCACAUGACUACAGGCUAGCAUUAAUCUGCCCAGGCAAAAAUUAGGAGCACUGUUUCAAUGACACUCAAGAAUGGAUUUCGGGUGUAUUAUUUUUCUUUGGGGGGGGAAUGAUGUGUCCAAUGGUGGUCUUAACUGCCUACCCCCGAUGUAGAGGAAGGAGCCUGUAAGGCUGGGAGCUUUGUGACUGAAUCUGCCAGCACUAUUAUGGGGGGGUUUGUUUAAUUGCAGGUAAGGCAGAGCUAAGGCUGUAGGUUUUUGUUAACUUUCUAAGGGGGUUAAACUAUGGUUCGUUCUGCUAUAUACCCCAAAGUGGCAGUGUGUUCCAGAGGAGUGUCCAUGUUCUAAAUUCUGAGAUUAUUCAUUAGUGUAUCAUGAAUGCAAAAUGAAGGAAACCUUCCCAGCUCUGAUAUAGUCAUGUGGUGUGUUUUUUUGUUUGUUUUUUUUUAGACCAAAUUUGUUUGCCGUUCUGCUUUUAAUUCAUUCAUGCUUGUUUAGUGAAUACCUUUUUAAGAGUAGUAGUGUAAUGUUCACUGGUAAAGCACUAUGGCUGCUCUGCCAUCUUGUGGUCCAUUUCACAAUAUAAGCCCAGUCAAUUGCUCCUAUAAAGAACUGCUGCAGAAUUUGCAAAAAUCCUCUCUUGUAAAUUUAUUUGCUGUUAUUCUAUUAGGAGCCUCCACUAGUAGCUCAUUCAUUUUAAGUAGUAAAUCCCUUUUAUGGUAAUGAUGGGGGGGGCUAUUCUAGCCUGCUUCCUGGGGCAGUAAUCCCAUGAUGUCUGCAGACACCUGAUACUAGUGGUGUGAGGUCCAUAGCUGCAAGAACAAACCAGAACUGGGACAACUAUUACGGGUCUCUUUGUACUGCAGGGGUGUCAUAAAACUUGUUUUUAUUUCGUGUUAUAGAUGGAAAAUAUAUUGGUGAAAAACCUACAUUUUUCUGUAAAUAUUUUUUUUUUGUUGGUCUGUAGCUACGAGCCGGUGCCCCCCUCUUAACCAGGAAUAGAUUCACCCCAUCAGGAGCCUAUUUAUAACUUUAUGGGAUAAGUAGUUCACCGACUUGGAACAUGUAAAACACAGUGAUUGGUACUUCUCUGUAAAUUGAUGGGGAAGUGUACCGUGGUUGCCAGGGUUUGUGACUCUGUCCUAGCUGUAUAUGGGCACACUGGCAGCCUGACACUGAAUAACUGGCUGGCACAGUCCUUAGCUCCGUCCUAGCUGUAUGUGGGCAGACUGGCAUCCUGACACUAAGUAAUUGACUGUCCAGGUUCGUGAUUCUGUCCUAGAUGUAUGUGGGCACACUGGUAGCCUGACACACUGAUCAUCUUGCAGUUAUCUGCCAGUCUCAGGUGAUUUUUAAAACUGAAAUGAUGCAAAGAGUGACCUUUUACAUUAUAACACAGAUCCACAUGGAAUUGUGAAUGCCACUGAUCAGUUCAAAAAGUCUGGGUUGUUAAAGUGUUAAUAUUAGGUUUCCUGAAUUUAAAGUGCCUAAUGUCAAAUCCAGCAAAUUACAUCAAAAGGCCCAAAAUGGACCAAUGUAUUUGCUUCCCUUCCAGGUCACAGAGAUAAUGUGAAGUGUUUUCACUGCGAUGGGGGUUUGAGGAACUGGGAGAGAGGGGACGACCCCUGGAUAGAGCACGCCAAGUGGUUUCCAAGGUAUAAUACCCCACAGCUUUAUUGGGGAAGGAAGGGGGGCAGGGGUUGGUGAUGCUAACCUGCAUUUUGUCUCCUGUGACAGGUGUGAAUUCCUAGUGCGUUCCAUGGGACAGACGUACGUUCAGAAUAUACAGGAAACUUAUUUCAGUAGUCCAGAUGUCUCUGUGAGUUGGCAAUUAAUGGGGUUAACAUGUCGGGGAUUCUGGGCUAGGUUUAACCUCACUCUACUAAUUCUGGUUUUCUACUCCACAGCCUGAAAAUCCUCGCAUAUCUGUCAGGAGUCCUACUUCCAUGACCGGUGAGUUUUUAUUUGCUAUGGUCCAAAUAACGCCAGUACCAGUGUGCCAUGAGAUCACCAUCUCUUACCUGGCUGUUGUAGUAGGGUGUGUUCAUUGUGCGUGUGGCAUUAGGUUGGUGACAAAUUGUUCAGUUCUACCUUCGUAUUAAGACUCGAUAAGAUGCCUUUAUAUUGGACUCUACCCAGUGUGGGAGUGGGCAACUGCAGGGCAUUAAAUUCACAAGCUCCAAACUAUCAUACCUGCUUAGAAUAGCAUGAGCGCCUGCUAAGGAUCAGAGCUAACUGCUUCCAGUGUGUGCAUCUGCCAGUUUAGAACACUUAGAAGUUCCCAAUGCAGUUUUGCAGAGCUGGUCUGUUAAUCUCUCCGGCAUAUUAUUAUAAUAACUAAUCUAACUGGUUUGUGGGACAUGGGCUGCAGUUUGGAUUGCCAUAAAAUGCUGCCGUUGCAGCAGCAGACUGUAACGGAUCAUUGUCUGCUAGAUGUGUGCGUGGCAGGUUUCACUUGCACAGGUCAUUCUUGAAGCCCACCUGCUGUAGACAUCACUUGCCAUCAUUCUCAGCGUGGUGCAGCUUAGUUGGCCAUAGUUAGUCUACAACCACUAGAGGGCGUCAGGGCUAUGGCAGGCUUUCUUGUAAUCUGUGUCUGAUUAUCGGGUUUAGGACAAACAUCUGUGAAACGGUUUGAAGUGAGACUAAAGUCCUUCAAAGUGAGGUGGUAAAUGACUGCCAUGGCAGUUUGUUGCCCUUGGGUUAUACCAAUGUACCCUUCAGGAAGCUCAUACAGUGAGUACUCACGGGAACGAGGUGGCAGUGAGUGUCUUAUAAAGUGUUGGAUUCCUUUUACGUUAUGUACCCUAUGUACUCACUCUAGUUGUGGAGCAACACUUUUCAUUUAUAAAUCGAAACGGAAACAAAUCAAGUUUAAUGCUUUAAAAUGUGCCCUAUUCAUAAAGAUUAGCCAUGGUAUUGCAAUGGUAGUGUCUUUACAGAUUAAACUGCAACAUCUGAACAGACAUGGCUAGAAUGACUUGCAAAGUGCUUUAAACAUUAAGAUAAUUCUAGAUUGAUCUAUGCAGACAGUUUGUAUUGGAGCAUGUCUGUCAGGGACAGCUGGUCUGUGUAAACGGAUAAUUUAUAUAAUUUUUACCUGGUUCUCAUGCCCAGUGUUUCUUCCUAACCUUGUUGGGGGGAGGGGGAGUCUGGAAAAGUUGUCUUUUUGCAGUACAGUUGAAUGUGACUUCUCCUUGCCCCCUGGUACCUUGCAGAUGCUCCUGGUGACUGUCACUCUGCCCUUCAGUCCUCUGUAGUACAAGGGGCCUUACACAUGGGCUUUGCUCAGGACCUGGUGCUAACUCUGGUACAGAGUAGGCAGCUGUUGACCGGGACCUCGUACACCUCUCUGUCUGACCUUGUGACUGACCUAGUAGGGGCGGAAGAGGAGAGAAUUUCGCAGAGAGGAGGUACCUUGAUCCCAUUUUUAUGAUGGAAUAUUAAGACGCAUUCUCAUGGCAUGAAGUAAAGCUAAUCUCUGGUAGCCCUGCUUUAACACAAGUGGGUCAAGCUUCAGAUGGUCUGAAUCAAGACCUUGCAUGACUUACCAUUAAGUGGUGAGCCGAGAUAGUUAAACCAUGAAUAGAGACGCUAUCAGAAUGAUCACUCACAGUGUGCUGACACUCCUGUGGUGGUAGACGGCUUUUCACUGUAGCUGGACUGUUUUUAUGUUUGUCACAGUAAAUCCAUGUGGUGCCAGCUGUCUCACCGAGGUUUGGUGAUGGUUACGUGAUUUAAUGUCGGUACCUGGGUGUAAAUGCUGGCUCUGAGAGUUGCUGCGAUGUACUGCUCUCUCCUAUCAGCUUCUUCACUAAACACCAACAUGUCAGGAAAUUGCCAAAAUAGCGGAAGCCCUGUGGAUUUGGAGAAUUCUUUUUCUUUACACUAUAUUCAGUCUCACGAUUCCGUAGUGAAUUCCUGACAAUAGUUGAACAGCACACAGCCACAGUGACCUCAGUUUCUGUAUAAUUCCUAUUCAGCUUCAUUAUGGGGCAUUGAAUGGGUUUUGGUUUUUUGGUUUGUUUUUACCUAUAUUAACACUCUACUAACUUAGCACGGCCUACCUGCUCAGGAAUAGAACAGUCUAAGCUGUAACUACCCCGGCUCGGUUCUAAUAUAAAUCCAUAAUUUUCUCUGUAGAGCCAGCAAGAUUCCCAGAUGCUCCGAUCCCGACUGAAGGCUCUGAAUCCCAGCAUCAUAAGAACGCAGGUAACAUGUUGUAUAGCCACGUACCGAACUGGUAAAUGGAUUGUAAGCAUUCAGCUUCUUCGCUCUUUUACUGUAAAUGGGGUAAUAUUUUGAGUAUUAGAAAAUGGAUCCCCAUACUGGGGAUCAACAAAGAACUUUUAGCUGCAACAGUGGGGCUUAUUAGGGCAUAUUAGCCUCUUAAUAAACAUGUUGCACACUGAAUCAUCCUUGUUCUUUGGAAAUGUACGGCAGCAUGCAAUAUCCUGCAUAUUUACUGCACUCCCUGCAUGGUUUCCACUUUGGAAUAACCGAUCCUUAAGUAGUGGAGAACAGAUAAACUGGGAAUAUUAGUCACAGAAGACCCUUCCUAAAACAUGGACGCACAAUGACGUGCCCCGUGUUAGGAGAGCCCCUCCUCAUACUUCCUUAUCAGGUCAGUCGUUGACAGCACCAUAUGAUCUAAAUGACCUGUCAGAGGACACCCAGAGAGGCAUAUUGUGAGGAUAUCACUACUGUGGUCGUUUGCAGCCAGGGUGUGAAUUAAAAGCAGCUUACUCAGUGCUUACACUGGGUGCUGACUAAUGGUGCAGCAUUCUGCAAAAUCUUUUAUUUUAUUUUUGAGCAAGAACUACAAAGAUUUAAGCAUGCAAAAAUACGGCAUAUUGAUAAUUCUAAGAGGUAAUUUUAAAAAAAAGAAUUCUUUUCAUUUUUAAACCAUGGCAGUGACUAGGGUAGUAUAGUGUUAGGAAAAUAAACAUACAUUCCCAACGAUAUAGCGUUCCUGUAAAGUUAUAUUGGUGCCCGAAGUUUCCCUUUUAACUCCGUAUUCACUAAAAUGAGAAUUCAACGUGAAUUUCACAGGCCAAAAUAGCCAAACUUGAAAAAUUCUCCAAGUCAGCUAUGCUUCCACUUCGGCUACUUUGGCCUUAACUAUGACAUUUACUCUAAAAAUGGAGCAUAUAAUAUUAAAAAAAAAAAAAUCUGGACUAAUGGCGGACCCUGAAUGCAGACAUCUGUGAGAAGCAUUGUGUUCAGCGUCCUCUUGGUGUUUGAUAAUAACUGAAAAAGGAACAUUUUAAGGAGGAAGCUGCUUUGUUUAAUUGAGGGUUAUGAAGGUGUCGUGACAGCGAAUGUUGUGUUUUCUCCUAGAUCCCCAAGUCAGUACAGAAGAGCAGCUACAACGUCUAAAGGAUGAGCGCAUGUGCAAAGUGUGCUUGGACAAAGACGUGUCUAUGGUUUUUGUGCCAUGUGGACACCUGGUGGUCUGCACAGACUGUGCCCCUAACCUUAGGACUUGCCCGAUCUGUAGGGCUGUAAUUCGAGGCAAUGUGAGGGCCUUCAUGUCUUGACCCCUUUGGCUGGCAAGCCAGAUAAUGCCACUGACUCAUGGUUGGUGGGAGAGCUUAGCGUUUGGAUUAAAGUGUUCAGUUUCAAACUGGCAGGAAAUAUUGGUGAUUGCAGAACCAUGGCUUGAUAUGUCAGUCUAUAUCCUUGCUGUUGGCUUUAGACCAGUCUCUAAACAGCUACAUCCUGACAUGUAGAGGAGGAUGCUCACUCAGAUUUUUACUUCUAUGUCCAACCUACAGCCCUGGUUCCUGGGGGAGAUUUCUACAUCACUGAUUACUGGGGGAGGGGAUUCCUACAUCACUGAUUCCUAAGGAAGCAGGCUAUUCCUACUGUCCUGAUUCCUGGUGUAGGGGGUGCAGGGAAUUCCUACUGUCAGGAUUCCUGGUGUAGGGAGUGUAGGGAAUUCCUACUGUCCAGAUUCUUGGUGCAGGGAAUUCCUACUGUCCUGAUUCUUGGUGUAGGGGGUGCAGGGAAUUCCUACUGUCAGGAUUCCUGGUGUAGGGAGUGUAGGGAAUUCCUACUGUCCUGAUUCUUGGUGUAGGGAAUUCCUACUGUCCUGAUUCUUGGUGUAGGGAAUUCCUACUGUCCUGAUUCUUGGUGUAGGGAAUUCCUACUGUCCGGAUUCUUGGUGUAGGGAAUUCCUACUGUCCGGAUUCUUGGUGUAGGGGAUGCAGGGAAUUCCUAGUGUCUGGAUUCUUGGUGUAGGGGGUGCAGGGAAUUCCUACCGUCCUGGUGUGGGGAGUGCAGGGAAAGGACCUGGGGUGUAAAGACUGAGCUCUCAUACUUGCCAUCCAUUCAGUGGAGUUUUGAUGAAUAUUUCAAUUAAAUAUAAAUUAAUAAUUUAUUUGCUAGAAUAAAGUUUAUAAACCAUUAUUGCUGUGGAGUAUUUCGCAUUAAAGUAUAU